AUGUCGGACGCAACAAAGGCGGCAGAGUCUCUCGACACGGCGGAGUACUUCAUCUUUGUCACUCAAGCAUACUUUUGCGCCAUGUAUGCUGUCGUUCUCUGGGACUGGAUCAUCAGCAUCCCAAGAGAAUAUCGCUUCAUAUGGAGGACACACUGGACCCCCGUCAAGAUGGCCUAUCUCUUCUGUCGCUACUGGGUCAUCUGUGUCGUCCCCUACCUGCUCUACUGCUUUGUAGUCGACCACUCCCUAGACACAUGCAAACGCAUUUACAAGAUUCCAGUGGCCCUCGCUAUGUGGAAUCAAGUUGGAUCUGAAUCCGUUCUGUUAAUACGAACGUUUGCCUUCUUCAGCAGGAACCUCUUCGUCUUAUGGUUCCUCAUCGCCGCCCUCUCCGGAAUGGUUGCCUAUCAGCUCUAUGUUGAUACCACACAGAUGCUGCUACUUCCCUUCGUCAAACCACCCUUUGACAGAGGUCCCUGCUUUCCGAUGUCCAAGCCCCAUUCAGCGCAUUUACUCGGCUUCUUCAUUGCGCCGCUCCUUUUCGAUACCGUCGUGACCUUCAUGACAAUUUGGAAAGCGUUCCAUAUCCGCAGACGUAAUGGGGGACCGAAUAGUCGUCUGAUCCAGACUUUCCUUCGUGAAGGCGUUUUCUACUAUAUUUUGAUUUCUAUCGCGAACUUGAUCAACGGCGUGUUUUACCUACAGCCGCGCCAGGUUAUAUCCGCCAUCAACAUCCCUUUGAGCGUUAUGCUGGGACCUGUUCUUGCUUGCCGUUUGAUUCUCGAUCUCCGGGAACGCGGGUCAGAAACCGUAUCCCAUUCGGAAAGCACGGGCAUAGCUGCAUUUACAACGAAGUCAAUGACCCAGCAAGACUCGCCGUAUACCCCUCCAGGCCACCGCAAUAAAAGUCGUUAUGGACGCAGUCGUGGCGUAGUCAGCACCAUCAGCUCCAACGUCGUUCUCACUACGCUGGGUAGCAUACAUCCAAACCCCACGGACAUCGAGCUGGAGCACGACGUUGUGGAAAUGGAGGACAUCCGUCUUGGACUAGGAAUGAACCUCGGGUCUCUCAGCACGGCGGUUGGAGGAGACGACGGUGAACCCCUGUCAGAAGGAGAAGGCCAUCGAGAUGGUAGCCGAUAUGGAGAGAGUCCUGCCCCCGCUUACCAGACAUUGGAAAUGGGGUUCCGAGCUGCCAGUCGAAGGUCACCAACAUCUAGCAUCGACGAACGGCAGUCAACGCACUCUGUUGUUGGAGGCAUUCGUGUCGAUGUGGAGCAAGCAACGUCCAGGAUUUGA